AUGGUUGGAUACGUGUUAAAAACUGUACUCUGUCAAGAUUUCUCCAUUGAUCUACCAGAGAAGAUUGAAGCUCUGCGUGGAAGCUGCGUUCUUCUACCCUGUACAUUUCAGAUUGAAAAUACAACACAAUACAAUUCAGACCUACAGAACAAUCCUACAGGAAUCUGGAAAAAAGUAAAUGAUGUAGAGAAUAAAAUCUCCUACACUGACGUGUUUAACUCCAAACAAACCAAAAACCAGAUUAAAUGGAACAUAACAGGAGAUCUGAAACAGAAGAACUGCACCACCAUCUUCUACAACGUCAGGAAGAACGACACUGGAAAUUAUACGUUCAGAUUAGAAACAACAGGAGCUCUGAAAUAUAGUUUUACUAAACGAAUUGUUUUCAUAAACGUGAGAAGUAACCUGACUUCUCCCUCAGUGUCCCUGUAUAAGGAGAAUCAGAUGGAGGAGCAGAAGAAGGUUCUGGAGGGAACUUCAGUAAGUCUGGUUUGUUCUGCUCCGUCUUCAUGUCCUUCUAACCUCCCGAAUUUCACCUGGAGCUUCCUGCCUGAGGAGCAGAUUCUAAACCAGAACACCAGCUUCAGUUCCUCUACACUGAACUUCAGAGCUUCUCACCUGCAUCACAGCCUCAAUAUCACCUGCACCAUCACCUACCAGCUGGAGAACAAGAAGCUCAGAUCAGCUCAGAGUUCUUUUACUCUUCAUGUUCUGUAUGCUCCUAAAAACACCACGCUGAAGGUAUCUCCAUCAGCUCCGGUUCUCCUGGGCUCCUCAGUGAAUCUGAGUUGCGGCAGUGUUGCCAACCCAGCAGUGCUGAACUACACCUGGUACAGAAGGAACGGAGAGCAGAUCGGAACCGGGAACCAUCUGAUCAUCAACAAGACUGAUGAGACCCACCAUGGUUUAUAUUGUAGAGCUCAAAACCAGCGUGGAGAUCAGAACUCGUCCAGCUACCUGGAUCUUCAGUAUGCUCCUGAAAACACCACGCUGAAGGUAUCUCCAUCAGCUUCGGUUCUCCUGGGCUCCUCAGUGAAUCUGAGUUGCAGCAGUGAUGCCAACCCAGCAGUGCUGAACUACACCUGGUACAGAAGGAACGGAGAGCAGAUCGGAACCGGGAACCAUCUGAUCAUCAACAAGACUGAUGAGACCCACCGUGGUUUAUACUGUAGAGCUCAAAACCAGCAUGGAGAUCAGAACUCGUCCAGCUACCUGGAUCUUCAGUAUGCUCCUAAAAACACCACGCUGAAGGUAUCACCAUCAGCUCCGGUUCUCCUGGGCUCCUCAGUGAAUCUGAGUUGCAGCAGUGAUGCCAACCCAGCAGUGCUGAACUACACCUGGUACAGGAGGAACGGAGAGCAGAUCGGAACCGGGAACCAUCUGAUCAUCAACAAGACUGAUGAGACCCACCAUGGUUUAUACUGUAGAGCUCAAAACCAGCAUGGAGAUCAGAACUCGUCCAGCUACCUGGAACUUCAGUACGCUCCUCAGAUCUCUUUCUCCUUCAGCUGUAACACCAACCAGACCUCCAUCCAGUGCUUCUGUGUGGUCCAUGGUUACCCUUCUCCCAAACUGAAGUGGCGUUUCUCUGAUCAAACUCUCCUAAAUGAAUCGACCAUCCAAGAGUCUGUGAGCAACGUGACUUUAAACAGCUCUAUAUCCGUCCGUCUACCACACACAAAGGCCACGCCCAUCCUGCAGUGUGUUGGCAUCAAUCACCUGGGCGUGGCCACUCAGAUCUUCUCCUUUAUUGCUGGAGCUCAGGUUCCUGAUUCAUCUGCAGUCACUGCACUGGUUCUAGGAGUUCUGGUGGUUCUUCUCCUGUGUCUGAAUGGGUUUCUGAUCUACAAACAGUAA